AAUUAUGGCUCUGCUAGUUUCUCAUUUUUUAGAAUUGGGCGAGUCUUUGUGUGAACAAGAGCAAUCACUCUCCUCUUAAUGAUAGGCCAUGUUCAUACAUGUUUUGUUUUUUUAUGUAACUUUAGUGGGCACAUGUAGAAACCUCAAUAUAUACACUUGCAUAUAUUAAAUAGUUUUAAUAUGAAUAAUUAUUUUCUUUUAUAUUUAAUUUAAAAUGAGAUUUGAUUGCAUGCCUUAUUUAGGACAAAAAUAUUUUGAAAAUAUGGAGACUCCUGUAAAGGAAAUUAAAACACCAAUAAAAAAGAAAAAAAUAAUUCAAACUCCUCAGACGCCACAAACCCCAACAGUUGAUGUUACUGUACGACGGAGAGUAUCAGAUAUUCUUGUCACUUUGCAUAAGUGUAUUCAAUCGUGGGAAACCAAUAAUACUGCAAGUUUUAACACAGCAAACACAUUAUGUAAUCUAUACAGCCAAUGGAACAAUGUUAAAGAUGCUAGUGAUGUACCCGAAAUCAAUGAUAUAUGCAAGCGUCGCUAUUAUGUUAAAUUAGCGUCAACACGAGAAGAUUUGUUAAAACAAUUAAAAAAGCACCACGAGAAGUUAAAAACAUUAAUAAAAAAAAUGACAAGUCUUGGCGAUAAUUUAAAAGCUCUAUACUAUCUUGGGUUAGUUUCUGCUGAUGAUACCUACAAUGACAGCAGGGUUACAAGUGAUAGUAACAAUACUGAAGUGCUUGAAAACACUGAUCCUGCCAUAUUUGCAUCAUGGACUACUGGUCAGUUUUACAGAAAAACAAGAAUCGUUUUAAACAUGUAUACAAAAGAGUACUUUUUAAAGUGUUCUUUGUACAACAGGUUUUUUCAAUAUAGAGUUGAAGACCUAAAUGAGGAAGGAACCAGCGUGUUGAAUCAAUGUAUUAAUGUUUGGUUGCAUCAACCAUAUAUUGAAGAAAGAUGCACAUUUUUGCUUGAUUCAAUGUUGGUGGAAGCUGAAUUAAAAUAAUUGAGUAUACAAAAAAAAAGAGACAAAAAACAUUUUUUACAAUGCAAUAAAACUUUGCUGCUUUGUUUAUUAAAUUGUUAUGAUACAAAUUGUGGUAGUUUGUUCUUUAAUGUGUGUGUAACUUCAUGUUGGUAUAUUUUUAAAAAUGAUAACAGAGUAAAAAUCAAGUA